AUGAGGGAUCACUUCUACGACGCCGCGGUUGCGUCGAUCGUCGUUUCGACAUUCAGUCUGGUAGUGGCCGUGUUUGCUGUUCCACUGCUCCUCCACAAAUCGGACAAUGUCCUCCAGGAGAUGUCUGCUUUCUCUGACGGAAUUAAGGUAACAAACAAAAACACCUUUUCAAGGAUAACCUAACAAAUUCGUUUCUUCAGGCUAAAUCGGAUAUGGUGUGGAACGAAUUGAUGGAGAUGAGACAAGGUGACGCAAUUCCCGGCAUUCAAUACUUCUCCAGAAAGCCAAGAAGUAACUGGGCGGGUGGAGCAUUCUGCAAAGGAUGCUACAUGCUCUCGUGCCCUCAAGGAUCUCCAGGACCUCCAGGAGCUCCAGGACCAGAUGGACAGCCAGGAGACGCUGGAAGACAAGGACGUGCUGGAGAUGACGGGUUCGACAUUCAACCUGAAUCCGAACCGGAACUUCCUUGCGUCAUCUGCCCGGCUGGUCCUCCAGGACCACGUGGAGCUCAGGGAGAACGAGGAAUGGCCGGAAAUCCGGGAAUGAACGGAAUGCAAGGACCGAAUGGAAUGGAAGGUGUCGACGGAGGACCAGGACUUCCUGGACCGCCAGGACCAAAGGGAGAAAAGGGACCACUCGGACCAUACGGACCACCGGGAGAUACUGUAAUUGCCGGAGUUGGAAUCAAGGGACCAGUAGGACCUCCAGGACCACAAGGAAUGAAAGGACCACCAGGACCAGGUGGAAAGGGAUCCAAUCAGCCAGGACAACCAGGACAAACUGGAGAAGCCGGAGGCAUCGGAAAGACCGGAAAGAUGGGAGGAUACGGAAUGGAGGGACCACCAGGACCACCUGGAGACCCAGGAAUGCCAGCUUCCUACUGUCCGUCCGACUGCGGUGUCCAGCCAAUUCUCACGGAUAUGUUCCCAACACCGUUCACUCCAAUCAGUGGUUAUUCGAACAUGCAAAGACCUGCCGCUCCAUCCCGUACAGUCGCUCAGCCAGAGUACUCAGAGGGGUCUGCUCCAGCUCAUCUACCGAAGAAACACCACAAGCAUGUUCCACAUCAAUUCGCUGAUCCAGAACUGUAAGUUACAUGGUACAUGGUACGAUGGAGUUCUCAAUUUUCAAUUCCAGCGGUAUCAAUGCUGAUGCAGCUGCCGCUGCUGCCACUUCGGAUUAUGAAGCAUCUUCUGCCGCUCCAGCUUACCAGGGACAUCAUACACCUCAUCAUCACAGACAACCUCAUCACCAGUUUGACCAAGCACAGUAAGCACUGAGAUUAAUGCGGGUUGCGGUUAUUGACCCUAUUUCAGCGCUAACACUAUUGCUGCUGACGCCAUCAGAUCCGUUAAUGCACCAGAGUACGGAGACGGAUCGACCCCAUCCCAUCAGCCACUGCAUAAGAAUCAUGUGGUUCACCCAACCUCCCAACACUACGAGGAUCCAGAGAGAGGCACUGAUACGGCGGCGGCUGACGCUUACGCGAACCGAAUGCACGACUUCCAAGACUUUGAGAGAAAGUGGCGCCGCAAACUGCUGCAGAGACGUCUCCGCAUGAUGAAGAGACAAUAA